AUGGAGUUUUCUGUCAUGCAGUUGUUACUUGAACUGCUACAAAGGGCAGGAAUAUCGGUCUGCAUUGUUGGUGAGCUUGCUCUUAACUACUACAACGCACCGCGUAUUGUUCAUGACCUUGAACUUUGUGUGCGUGAAGAUGACCUUACGACUGCCGCGUCCAUAUUCCAGUCAACAGAGAUACUGGAUAUCGCCCCAGAAACCGAGUAUAAUAUCUACACGGAAUACAAGAAAGGGUUCCCGCGAUUUCGCUCUCGCUCAGAACCAAAAUUCUAUAUAGUUUUGUUUACCGAUCGGUACUAUCGUCUGAGUCCCCUGGAACAGAAUAUCAUAUCUCCAGAGGAGCACGAUGAGUUUCAGGGAACAUACAGCAAAGAACUCCUCGACACUGUACCGGCACAUCAGAUAGCAACCCUACCGCUACCACGAUUUGCGCCACUAUUAAGAGGACUCUGCACCAUAUACAUCGAGACAAGGGAGGUUACAGCUGCAAUAGCUGCAGAAAUGCUUGUUGACGGAAUGGAUAUUGAUGAACACUGGUGUCAUAGGCACUUCGAUCCUUCUCACCAAGCAGUGCUUAACUUUGCAUUGAAUCUUGUCAGAGGGAAAGCUUCCAGAAUUGCUGAUUUCUCGAUGAAUGAAGUGACAUGCUUCAUCGUUGAUAAGCAUGAACUUCAAAAUCUCAGAGGGGUACCGGGAUUCUCACGAUCUACCGUGGACUGA